GGACCGAAGACUGAUGAAAUUAUGCCUGCAGGGUGGUGAAACAAACGGGAGCGAGCUUGAAGUGACUGAGCUGAUUGUUAAAUUUCUGGCGGAGCCUCCACACUCUGAAGUUAUGAAAGUAACGGGACCAGAAGUACGGACAGGAAAAAGAAAGGCGCCGAGCCCUCCGCAGACAGAAGUUGCCCUAACAGAUCAAAGUCAGAAGGGAGUGAGAAGGAGGGAUGGAAGGGUGCUUGGGGCUCCGCCCUGCCCAGUCCUGGACGUUAGAGAUUGGGAAAGUGGAGGAGAGGCGAGAAGCUGAGGGGGAGAGGGUGGUGAAAAAGAUGGCAGGAAGAGGGAAAGAGGGAGUGUACAAAGUUCGGGGGAGGAGACAGAGAGGGAAGAGAAAAGAGCGGGUAGGAGGGGUGGAGAGAGCUAGAGAAACAGAGGAGAGCUGGAAGGGAGGCGGCGGGGCACGAGAAGACCAGUGUAGAAAGAAGGAGUGAAAAUCUGCAGAGAAAGUGGGGGCAGACUAGGGGAAGGGCUGUAGCUGGCAGCUAGCGGGGUGGCUGACUGCGGCGGCCGCUGGGGAGGAAAUCACUGAAAUCCUUGCUAACCGGCCCGCCUCUAGCAUUCCCGGUCUCCCCCCAGCCGCCGCCGCGCUCCAGGGCCAUGCGCCCCCCGCCCCCGCGUCAGCCCCCGCCGCCUGCGGCCGGGGCGCGGAGUUCGGUGAGCUUGCAACGAUCCUUCCUGCGGAGUCCGAUUGGCGUGCUGCGGCUGCUGCAGCUGUUGGCCGGAGCAGCCUUCUGGAUCACCAUCGCCUCCAGCAAGUACCAGGGCCCGGUGCAUUUCGCGCUCUUCGUCUCCGUGUUCUUCUGGUUGCUGACUGCUGGCCUCUACUUCACCACCCUGCUGGGCAAGCACGAGCUGGUUCCGCUGUUGGGCCCUCGCUGGCUGCUCACCAACGUGGUCCACGACCUGCUGGCGGCCGGCCUGUACGUGGCGGCCUCGGGCAUCAUGAUCGACCAGACGCAGCGGCACAGCUAUUGCAACCUUAAGCGUUACCCGCUGCCCUGCGCCUACAACGCUUUCCUCGCCGCCUCAGUCUGCGGCUGCUUCUGCCUCUCACUCUACCUGCUCUCGGCGCUCUACGGCUCCUGCCGCCGCUGCCGGGGCCACCAGGACUUAGCGUGAGGCCGGCCCCGACCCCGGCGCCGGGGCGGGAGGGGGAAGGGAAACAGAACAGCCUCCCACCCCACCGCCCUUCCUCGCUAGAUCCCUUCCUCUCCCCUCUGCACAGCCCCACUCUUCAGCUACCCGCCCUCCCGUCCUCCAGCCCCCUUCUGAGGGCUAGUCGGCCUGGACGCCCCACUCUUUCCCUGUCACCCCUCAUUGCCCGCAAUACCCAGCCUGGACCGAGGCGCAAGGAGAUGGACAAACUGUUGCACACACACUCAGAAAAUGGACCAGAGAGCAGAUGCCCCAGACAGUCUCCAAGACGCAGAGACAGGAAUUGAAAGCUUGGGCUCAACCCACUGACAGAUUACAGUACUGGAUGGCUGCAAACUGUGAAAGACAGGUAGAGACGGACAGACUGGAAGACUCACUGAGGGCUGGCUUGCCCGUGAAACCCUCUUCGCCACUCCCACAGCUAGUCUCCUCUCCCCUCCCUACAUCUAAACGUGGACAGAGACGCCCGCGUGGAUCCGGGGAAAGCUCUUCAAUCGAAGCCUGUUCUGUAGCUGUUUCUUAACCCCUCCUUUCCUUCUCCGGGAGGAGCACAGCCAUUUCCUUUGGCCCCUCUUCCAGCCGAUACUCCCUUCGGGCCAGGCGGCAGGCUGUCAGGCAGCCAGCCAGUUACUUGGCUGCAGGCGGAAUAAAUGAGGAGCCCGGAAGGCUAUGGGCUGGGGCUCAUAGCAAGUUUAGCCCAGGGCAGGGCCACGCCUUUUGCAUCCUAGAGCUGUAGUCACCCUCCCGGAUGACCAGUAUCCGCUCAGCUGGGUGGGUUUUGUGUUAUUGUGGCCUGGCAUGGUGCUCCGGACAGGGCAGUCCAUCCAGCAGGUUGGCACUGAGUCCCAGAGAAGAGAAUACACCAAAAUACCAAAAUACUCUUAGGUGCUAGAGAACCUCUGCCUUCUUGCUCACCUAUGCACACACCCCCCUCCUCACCCACUCACAGAAACCUGCUCACAUCUGUGUGGCUUACCUAGCAGACACCUAGUUGCCUUAUGGGCCUUAGGGACCAUGCCAGAGCAUGUUAUCCAUCAUCUUCUAGUACAAGUCCAUCAUUUAGAGAUAGGGAAACAGGUUCCCUAGAAGUGAAGUCCUUUGACUAAAGUAAGAGACUUGCUUGGAGGCUCAGCUAAAAGCAUUCUGGCCUCCUGACUUUCAGGAGGCCAGUGCUUUUUCUAGUAUACAAAAGCUGCCACUCAGUCUAGGUCAGUGAGGGUCAGAAUGUGUCUAACAAGAUAGGAAGCAACUGUUUGCCACCAGUUUUAUUAAUCCUGACAAUUGAGACCCAAUUUAGCUGCCUCAGCCUGCCCAGAGGUUUGGGGUGUAAGUUCUAAUGCUCGUGAGCUUUGUGGUAGCCAAGAGCAUGAUAGGAUCAGUUUGCAGAGUAGGGGAUAUCGGCUGAAUCUGAGUAGACUUUGGGAAACGAUGUUCCCUCCUAUUUCACCCAGAGAAAUUAUUUUAGAAGACUUGGAUGGGGUUAGUGGGGAGAGGUAGCUAAGGGACGUUAUGGAAAGGUCUAUGAAAUUAUGACUUCUUUCAGCUUAAUAAGUGAGAACUUGCUAAGAUCUUAGUUCUUUCUGGGAACUGCUUACUAUAUCCACCUCUUUACAUCUCUUUGGAAAAUAAACAGAGCUCCAUCUAGACUACAUUUCAAUGUGAAAAGGUCUGACUCCUGAUAUUGGUGAUAAGCAGCUUCAUGUCUCUGAAACCUGGUGAGAAUGUCUGUCGCCGACUCAGGGUCCCUGCACUUAGCAUUCAUAUAUGGAACAGCCAAGGAGAGAAGUCUUCUGGAGGUUGGAGAAUCAAAGGUUAUGCCAAUGAACAGUUCAGGAGUGAUGUUUGGAGUGAUGUUUGACUAUGAAGGUCCCUGAAAGCUUGGUACAGAACUGAGGGAAGAAUCCAAGAAGCUGCCCACAUCAGCCAUCUCUUCAUCUUGUUUGGGAUGGUCAGUGAGGGUGACUGAGAAGAUAGCUCUGGACAGAAGAAACAAGAAACUUUCAGAGUUUACCUGGGCAAUACUGGAAUAGCACCAUCUGGGCAACUCUGCCAGGGACUGGCUUCCAGAGCCUGUAACACAUGACGUUAGGGUAGUGGUAGCUACGUUUGGGUUCCUCCCAAGUGUGUGUCCAUGUGUAUGUAUGUAUGUAUGUAUGUACACACAUAUAUCUGAUUUCCCUAUGCCAAUGCUUGAGUGCAUAUUCCAGACCUCGGGCAAGCAAUGAACAGAUCUUACUUAUCACCUAGUUUCUCCUCCUCCUCCUCCUCCUCCUUUUCCUCCUCAUCUCUCAUUAUCAUCCAAGCUAUAUCCUUCUCCCUGACCUAACCGUCCCUAUUACAGGUGCUAUUCAGGUCUCCCACCUCACUUGUGUUAGUCAUGGAUGCUUUGCCUAUUUUGACAUCACUUAGAGUACUUACCAUUAGAUCUUAUUUGUGGCUUUUCUCAUGUUAUCAUCAGCCUUUUGCCUUUGGCUAACAGACAUCCUGUGCUGCUUAGCUUUCCAGAGAUAAAUGGAAGACCAUUUGAUUUUAUA